AUGUCAAUCACAUUUUUUGUGGUUUGGGAAUCCGUCACCCUAGCAAACUUUCAUUUUCAGGAAUCGCGCAAGAUGGUUGAAGAUCUAGUCGCGUUCCAGUCGGCACUAGUGCCAUGGGUCGUUGUGGGUGCGAUUAUUGCCUUUAUUCUUGCAUUUGCCAUUGGAGCAAACGAUACCGCCAACUCAUUUGGUACCAGCGUUGGCAGCAAGGUGAUCACGCUAACCCAGGCUUACAUUCUUGCCAGUAUCUUCGAAACGCUCGGAGCUUGCCUGCUGGGUAAGUUUUUUUUUCAGUGAGA